CCCGAUAAUUCAUCAACUUUUAAAACUCAUAAUAAAAAAUUUUCAAUUACUUAUGGAAGUGGAAAUACUUCAGGAAUUUCUGCAACUGACACAUUUAAUAUUGCUGGAUUUACCAUCAAAAAUCAAACUUUUGGUCUUUCUGACGUAGUUUCUUCUGACUUCGCUGACAGUCCAUUCGACGGUAUUCUCGGUUUGGCACUUGAUAGUCUAAGCUCAUUACAUGCUAAAACUCCAUUCCAAAAUUUAAUCGAUCACGGUGAUGUUAAAUCUCCUGUAUUCAGUUUCGUACUUGGUAGUCUACAGGAUGGCACAAAUAGAACAGGCAAUGAGCUCAUUUUUGGUGGAAUUGAUCCCAAAUAUUCCGAUAGUAUCUCUUAUAACCGACUUGAUAUUGGGAAUGGGUUCUGGCAAAUUGUCAUGGAUGAUGCUCUUGUGAAUGGGAGUUCACUAGGAUUAGAAGGAAAGUCGGCCAUUAUUGAUACCGGUACAACUCUUGUUAUCGUUCCACCACAAGAUGCAGAACUUGUCCAUAGUCGUAUUCCUGGUGCACAAAAUAGUGAUGGGACAUAUUUAAUUCCAACUGAUACUACGGCUGUAGUGUCUUUAACCUUUGGUGGAGUUACUUAUAAUAUUAAAACAGAACAUUUAGUUGUUGAUGACGCAGGAAAUGGUCUAAGCGUUUCUGGUAUCCAAGGUGGAAGUGUAACUGGAUCUGAUGACGUGUGGUUAGUUGGUGAUGUAUUCCUUAAAAAUGUAUGUAGUGUAUAUGAUGUCAAAAACCGUGCCGUAGGUUUUGCGCCAUUGUAA